ACUACUGCUACUACUGCUACUACUCCAACUACUACUGCCAACUAAACUACAACUCGUCAGAGUGGAUUUGAAUAAGAAAUAUCUGGCAACCCAGUUUCUCUCACACUGCGGAACUCCACACGGGUGGAUUAGACACUAUAGUAGAAACAAGACGUUUCACAAAUGCUUGUUAAUUAUUAGGUUCACACACGUUACGGCUUACUAAACAAUUUUACACAUCCAUUAAGCUAAAGAAGAGUGUAAAGCUCGGAGUAUUUAGUCGGUUAGGUGCAGGUUUAAUCAGCGUCGACCACCUGCAGUUAGCCAGCUAGCAUAAAGUUCAAUUCAAAUGUCGGUCUUUAGAUAGGAAACGUUAGCUAUCAUAACAAGUCAUGACGGAAAGAAGAGAGCAGGUACAACUAAGGAACAACCCUCGCAGGCAGCUGAAGAAGCUUAGUGAAGACAGUCUGACCAAGCAGCCUGAAGAAGUGUUUGAUAUAUUGGAGAAACUCGGAGAGGGGUCUUAUGGCAGCGUAUUCAAGGCACAUUAUAAGGAGACUGGGGAGAUUGUGGCGAUUAAACAGGUUCCUGUGGAGUCGGACCUACAAGAAAUCAUUAAAGAGAUCUCCAUUAUGCAGCAGUGCAACAGUCCGCAUGUGGUGAGGUAUUAUGGCAGUUACUUUAAGAACAGUGAUCUGUGGAUCGUCAUGGAGUACUGUGGGGCUGGCUCUGUGUCUGACAUUAUCAGACUACGCAACAAAACAUUAACAGAAGACGAAAUAGCUGCCAUUGUGCAGUCCACACUUAAGGGACUGGAAUACCUGCACUUCAUGAGGAAGAUCCACAGAGACAUCAAAGCCGGAAACAUCCUGCUGAACUCUGAGGGACAGGCCAAACUUGCCGAUUUUGGCGUUGCGGGACAGCUAACUGACACGAUGGCGAAACGCAACACAGUGAUCGGAACGCCGUUUUGGAUGGCUCCAGAGGUCAUUCAGGAAAUUGGCUAUAAUUGUGUAGCAGAUAUCUGGUCUCUGGGCAUCACUGCUAUAGAGAUGGCCGAAGGGAAGCCACCAUAUGCAGACAUACACCCUAUGAGGGCAAUAUUCAUGAUUCCAACAACCCCUCCAACGUUUCGGACCCCUGACCAGUGGUCAGAAGCUUUUAGGGAUUUUGUGUCGCAGUGCCUGGUAAAGAAUCCUGAGACCAGAGCGACAGCCACACAGCUAUUACAGCACCCAUUCAUAAAGAGUGCUAAGUCCAACAGUGUUCUGAAGGCACUAAUCACAGAGGCUAUGGAGCUCAAACUCAAGAAACAGGAGAUUCAACAGAGAGAGCAGGACGCAGAGGAUGAAGAAAACUCGGAUGAAGAUGAAGUCGAUCAGGGUACUAUGGUGAGGGCCGACACAUCAGAUAUGGGAACUGUCCGUUCAGCUGGUUCGCUCGGAAGUUCAUUGGGAACCAUGAUUGAGCACAAUGACAGCACCUUGGAGUCUCAGCUUGGCACCAUGGUCAUAAACUCAGAGGACGAGGAGGAGGAUGCAGGCACCAUGAAACAUCUUCAAGAAACAAUGCAGCCAGCUAAGCCGUCAUUCCUACAGUAUUUUGAACAGAAAGAGAAAGAGGACAACAAAAACGGUGAAAACAACAGUCACAAACAGCCUGCGGACGCGGACGUGGAGGUGAUCCGUUCCUUAAGUGUAGAGGAGCUAAAAAGACGCCUGGCCUCUCUGGACCCUGAGAUGGAGCAGGAGAUUGAGGCGAUCCACCAGCGCUACCAGGCCAAACGCCAGCCCAUUCUCGAUGCCAUUGAGGCCAAAAAGCGACCUCAGCAGAACUUCUAAACCAGCUGAAGAAACUCUUGAUGAUCCCUCAACAAUGAUUGACACUGUCAGUUACCUAUAAAGGUACAUGUGCCAGUCCCAGCUACACUUCCUCAUGUUUUUAGUUUAACUUACAAUUCUCUCUUUGCAUUUGUUAUAUUAUUUUAAAAUGCUGUAUCUACACCAUUAUUGGUACUGGAUUGGUGUUACUGUGGGCUCAAAAAGCAGGGAACAACAUUCUGUCAUACACUGUUUGACUUACUGCACUUUUUUAAGACUUAUGUUACUUUGGCAUGUAUGUUGUAUGUUUUUUGUUUGUUUGUUUUUGUUUAAAAUAGUUGUACGUAGCACAGUUCACAAAAUCUAGUAGUCAUUAAAACAAGCUAAUAAUUAGGCUGGAUAUUCUUAUGUAUAGGAUCUUCUAAAGCAGGCAACUAAAACAGGUCUACAGAACAUAGAAAGAAUACAAACCAUGCAUCUUCUAGCUGAUAUGCGAGUGGUAUAGGUUUAAGUAUGUCUUUUUAAACACAAUCUGUCACAUCUGCUGUACUGUCAAAUCAUGUUAGCUCAAUAUAUGCACACCCAAGAAUGAUUGUGCCAGGUUAAAACCUAAAGUGGCAUGGUAAAACUACAACUGGAAUGAUAAAAAUCAGCCUAUUUGGAAAUAGAACCGUCCUACAGUAGUGAUAAAAUAAAAACAUGCCUGCAUUAAAAAAUCCUUUUAGUGAAGUGACAUAGAAGAAGACCUAUAUUUUAGAGUUGAGUAUUGAGCUGCUUUACUAUCCACAACUCAGUGUUCACAUUCCAGUUGGACCUAUUCUCCAAGCAGCAGCAGCACAUGUUAACAGUGUCUGGUCACAGGCAUAGAGACAGGGUUGUGUUCAAUAAGCAAUGCUUCAUGCUACUGUGCAGAGAUUUUAUAGUUCCCCAUGAACUAUAACAGAGCCACAAAUAACUUUCUAGUUGUGGUACUCAAAGCAGGUGGAAGGAUCUGCUGAGCGGCAAGUGAUGAGAGCAGUCACAACCAACCAGAUACUACUACAUUAAAAUUCAUGGUAAAAACUUUUGAUAACCAGAUGUCCUUAAAAACACAAGAAAGCUCAGUUUCACCUGAUCAUGGCUGUAGUUUAAGUAUCAAUACUGUUUGUAAACACAUUUCCACAACUUGAAUGAACAUAUUCUUCAUCUUGCACUCUGUAAGUAACAACUCUCUGCAAGGGCAUGAGUGGAAACCUAGAGCACCCCCUCUGUUUUGUCUGUUAGAAUAUGAUAUUUGAUAUAAUGGUGUACUAAUUUACCAAAAAAGAAAUAAUAAUAAGAGCUGCAUACAGACAUUUUUCUCUAAUGGUUAAUGUCAGAUCAGGCAAACAUGAAGUUGGAAAGGUGACUAAAAUAACCACUUUUAUAAAAUAGUUUAUUUUUUAACAUUGAAAGUUUUUGGAAGCAAGGAGGGCCUGAUUUUUUUUUUUUUUAGCUGGAGUGUAAGUUUGUCCCUGCGAAUUAGACUCAGGUUUAAUUGACUCAGGAUAUAUUUGUAUGGCAAUGCAUAGCUACUGUGAAAGCCUUACAUAGUGCUUAGUGCUUAUAUACCCCACAAACCUUUUUUUUAGGAUCAGCUAAAAAGCCUUUCUUCUUUUUGGAGUUUGUUACACUCUGUGACUGAUAAAUAGUUUUGUUGUCAAACCUUUACAGUAGUAAUGCAGGCUGCUUUUUAUUUUUAUUUUUAUUUUAUUUUUUUAAAUGCUCAAUGUGAAUACAGAACCAAUGUCAGUACACCUCAUCUGUCCUAACACUGGUCCUGAACAAGGAUUUUGUCUGUGCCUUAAAUUAUGCAAAAUCUUUUUGCAAGUGUUUUAAAGUUGGAUUUGUCAGUUUGUUUUAUGUUUGAAUAAUAAACUGGAUUCAUUAUAA